AUAUAGAGAGUAAGCUGAAUAUUUUUCUUAUACGUUCGAAUUUCUGUUAAUCAAAAUUUUGGAAAAAUUUUGUACUAGAUUGUACGCUCUCCAUAACAAAUAUUUUACUGUUGAGACCGUACAAUGCAAAAUUGUUUUUUAAAUUCUACGUAUCUUUAAAUUUUGACACCAGAAAUUGACGAAACACAAAAACCGUGUUAAAUAUUUUGAGGCAUUCGAACGGUCCCAACCGCGUAAAGAAAUGGCAUUUUCUACACAAACUGAGUUCUUCAAAGUUGCGUUCUUGGAUGAUGAGGAGGAGGACGUACAAUGCGAGAGAGUAUGUAUAAAUCUAAAACGAUACGAAUCCACUGAAGAUUUGAGGUCAUGGUCAAUACGACCAAAUACUGUUUCAAGAUAUCUUACCGAUCUAGUACGAAACGAGAACGCUGUUUGUGAAUCAGGAAAUGCAAACGCCGAUGGAGAUGCGGGUGACGGAAGCGGUGGUAAAGGAAAAGAUAAAAGUGCAGUUGAUGCUGAUGCUAGGAGGGGACGUGGUUAUGGUUCUCCUGGUGCUAGUACGGAUGCGACUGCUGGUGCCGGUGGCAAAGGCAAAGGAAAAGAUCGUACAGCAGAUAAAGUUGGAGUAAGCGGCGAUGGUGGUUCAGGAAGAGCUCGAGAUGCAGAUGCUGGUAAAGGUCCAGGGAAAGGUGUUGUACCAGCAACAGGUCCGGGCGGCGGCCCAGGAAGAGGAGGUGACCAAGGGGUUGGCGCAGGACCCAAAGCAGGACCUAGCGCAAGGUCAGGCGCGGGGCCUGAUGCAGGGGCUGGAAAAGGUCCAGGCCAAGGUAGUGGGCCAGGUACAAGCGGCGCAGGUGCUGGAAAAGGAGCUGGUGCCGGUGCUGGUUCAGGUAGAAAUCUGAAAGGUGGUGAUAGUUUAGUCGAACUGGCUAGCGAACAACUUAGUAAAAUGACAGGUAUGUUACAUAAACAGGGAAAAAUGUCAAAAGAUGGUGCAGGAGGUCAGGGGCAAGGUGCAGCGCCAAUGGAUGUAAAUACUUUGAAAAAAAAUUUGGCGCAAAAACCUAACGACAGUUGCAUAGAUGAAUUGAAUAAAAAGGUUAAGUCUUUGGUAUCUGCAAAUAAAAUUAAUUCAAGUGAUGAAAGUGAUUUUAUGAAAAUCAAAGAGCAAAUGGAAAAGAUACGAGAUGGUUACGAUGCCUUACGUGCUGAAAAUGUUUACUUACAGCAAAUUGUUGAGAAGUGUUCACCUAAACCCGGAAGCAAUGUCGCACCCGAAACUAGUACCGAUACAAAGUAUUUGCAAAAUGAAGUUAAUAAAUUGCGCAGCCAGCUUUCUACAUCUAAAUCCGGUUCAGGUGGCUAUACUGAUAAAGAAGUUGAGGCUAUUAACACCAUUGUUGCAGAACGAAAUUCUUUGCGAAAUAAAUUAAAAGAUUUCAAAUCACUUGAAUCGAAAAUGGCAGAUUUGCAAUCGAAGAGCAGAGAAGCAGACAAUCUAUCCGCAAGUCUCUCUAAUAGCUUGGACUCUCAAUCUGAAUACAUUGAAAACAUGGAAGAGAAAUAUCGACAAAUGCAAGAAUUUUAUAGAGAAAAACUGUGUGAAUGCAUGAUGUCAGGACAGACGCUUGAAAUGCAGCUCAGAGAAAUGAAGAAGGAACUUUGCUCAGAUAUGUAUGAAAUACAAAAACUGGAAAUGCAAAACAGCGCUCUUCGCAACGAAAUCAUGUACAAGGAUGUGGCGUUGUGCAACUACGAAACUCUUUGCAAGCAAAUCAAAUACAAAGCUAAACUGUUCCGAAAUUCCGGUUAUUCGAUGCAGAGAGCAGGUGAAAUGUGUUCAUGUCAACCAAAUUGUGAAAAACAGUAAAAUGCAUGCAGUUGAGAGUAAAUACAACAAAAUUUAAAAAAAUUUUAAUGCAGUUUUAUUGUAAAUAUUACAACUACAUUUUAAGAAUAAAUA